AUGGAACGUUCCACCGGAAGUGGCCAUUCGAAUGCUCCCUCGACUGAACAACGGGGGUCGUCUCACAGCACCGGUAGCGGUCGACGAUCACUGGCACUCUCCAACCACAUCAGUCAUCAUGGCAUCAGCCGCCGUACGAUGUCCAUCCACCGCUAUCAGGGACGAGCAUUGCCGACUAGCCUGACAGGCUCUUCCUCUCACACUGAUGAUACCGCCAAUCGGAUGGAACAGGGAACGAUCCGAAGACGGAUCCGAGAAUCCAUCGAUGACUCCCACAAUAGUUACUCCACCGCCGUGUCAGUCUACGAUGAUGAGGAUGAUGACAGUACAAAUAGUCAAGAUGCUGCCAAUUUUCCAUCCGCCGAAACACAAAUCAGAGCACAACAACAACCCAAUUCACGGAACGUCACAGACCACGAAAGCCAGCAAUACCAAGACAUUUCUUUGAAUGACAAUGACAAUAAUUCUCUGCGCAAAAGCACGGAUCACGAACAAGAUAAUAUCACUUCAUCUGAAGAAAAGAUUGGCUAUGUGGAACUUCAGAUUGCAUCAAUACCCCCCAGUGUUCUAGAAGCAAACAAACAAGAUCUCGAAGACCUAUUCCGAGAUAUCUACAAUGAAAUGUCUGGAAUGUGUUUGGAUCCCAUGCAACGGGUUAUGAUUGAAGCUGUCUUACAAGAGUGGGAGACAGAUUGGGGCCUCUACAGCAACAUGACGGAUAGUAGUUGGCAAAACAUGACCGUACAAGAAUACGACGAAGCAGUGGCCCAAAGUGUGACAACAACCUACUGGGAAGCGCAGGUUGACUGCAACGGCUGUCCAGACCAAGAACCAUUGUUUCUACCACGAGAUGACACUGGUUUGCAUUCUCCUCCACUGUCCAACUCUAAUAGCCGGCGAUUCAUGUCAGUGCAAGACCGACGGUCACUGCAAGAAUUUCCACUAGAGCAAUUCUUCUUGCUAUUUGCUGCAAACUUUGGCUACAAUAUGCAACCUGUGCUUCUGGGAGACACGGCAAAUAUUCAAAUUGUUCUAAAUGGAACAACAGAACAACAAGAUAUCAGGCCCGUUCGGGUUGUGGGAGGCACUACAAGGCCUGUAAAACCAGACGGCACCGCAGACAGAGAUGAUGUCGUAACAAAGCAUGGGGAGGAAGAAUUAGAAGAAGCCUAUCUGAUUGUUCAGGCAAAUGAAGGAAGAAUUGUGACUCCAUUUGUCAGCAACGAUUUGUCGGAUAUUGAGGCGUGCUUUGAGACCAGUUUCCAAGGAGAAGACAGCAAUGUUGAUGUGGUAGUUGAGGUAUCUGACUUUUGUGAGCUAGUAAUUGAGACAGCCAACAAUAUUGGAGCUGAUACAGAGGCAUUUGUUGACUGCAUACAGAACCCAACAUCCUUGGAAUGCCAAGAGAUUCUACCUGGGCUCAUUCAGCAAACAACUCUAUCCUUUGGAAUAGACAUCACAGCAAGAGACACACCUGUGAACCCAGUAGCACCUACCCCUUUCGCUGACAGUCCAACAUCUUCUCCUGAUCUGGGUGGUCCUUACAGCUCCACUGUAAGCACCACCAGUCAUAGCCCAGCAACAGCACCUCCAGCAGAUCCUGGGACACAACCCGAUCCUUCUCUUGGCGUCCUGACUGUCAACUUACAAAGACCUAUCAGCGCUGGAACAUCCAGUCCAACAAUAUUGGGCAGUCCCACUCCCGUGGGCUCUUUUGCACAGGCCAGUGUUACCCUGAGUGCUCCCCAGGCAGCUGCUCAAGCCAUCCAAGAACCUUUUCCCACUCCAGCCCCAACUGAUGAGUCAUCUCAAACACCAUCACCUGGUCCAACAUUUUCGCAAACGUUUGGUCCGACGGUUCAACCAACAAACAACCCAUCCCCAGCACCAACAAAUAGCUACACAUUUGAGGCUACAGCCAAUCCCACACCUGCACCGACAUUUGCACCAUCCCUGGCUCCUACAUUUGCUCCAACAAUAAUGCACACUGAUCAGCCGUCCAGUACCCCAACCCCAGCACCAACAUUUGCAACUAUCAGCUCUGCAGUUGACCGUGCCGACAACCCCACACCGGCACCAACGUUUGCACCGAGCAAGAACCCCACAGAUCAACCUACAGAAAAUCCAACUCCAGCACCAACAUUUGCAACAGACGGCCCUACAUUUGAGCCCACAGAAAAUCCAACACUGGCGCCAACGUUUGCACCAACUGACAAGCCCACAGUUGAGCCAACUGAUAACCCAACUCCUGCACCAACUGAUAACCCAACUCCCGUACCAACAUUUGCACCAACUACAAGCCCGCCUCCAUAUCUGCCAACAUUCCCCCCCAUUGAACUGAUAUCUGUAUCACCAUCACAAUUGCCGUCAAGGCUAGCUUCAGAUUCCCCAUCAAGCUCCCCCACUUCAUGUUCAGGAACUCUUGUUGAAACAAGAUCAACAUACUAUGUGUUCUUUGGCAGCGACAUCUCUGCAUUGAACAAUGACACUCUCAUUGCAGCUUUUGUGAAUGGCUUUGCCAAUCUACCGCACCCCUGUUCAACGAUCCUCAAUAGCAUCACGGUUGAAAACUGGUUACAAAUGACACAAACAGUGUUGUUUGGUAUCAAUAGCACCCAAGCUGCUGGUACAAACCUGCUGGAUCUCAUGGUAGAUGCCCCAGCAUUUCUUGAUGGUUUUAAUGGUGCCUUAAGUGAAUCAACUACAGCAACUGCAUUUGGAGUGGACACUGUUACAUCGUCUCCUUCGGGAAGCCCCACCGUCAGACCGAGUGUUUCCUUUGUUCCCAGCAUUAGCCCCACAACAGCUACACCCACUGAAAGCACCGCUCCUUCUACUCAUCCCAGCAAAGGUCCAACUGAACUCCAACAGUGA